GCCUGUUUGUUUUUGUCUUCUUGUGGGUCAAAGGUAGGAGGUCUAAGGCGUUUAACGUAUUUUCCCUGCAUUGGACCAGAAAGCAAAAUAACACAAUACAGAAGGAAUCCUUGUAGGUAAGAAUUAAUGACAGACAAAAACUUGUUUUGUUCUUUGAUAAAGAAUCAGUCAUUUGCUUUAUAUCCUAUCAUUUCCGGUUCGAACGAAGAACAGCCAUAUGAGCACGCGUUUGUGUCCUUGAAUCCUUGAGCGAAUUCCUGAAGGGUAAUCUGAAAUAAAAUUUGAACAGAAUAAAGGUUGAUCAGUUGGGCGGAUCAUAUCUUUGUAAGGGUUAGGGUGGUAGGAGCUCUAGUGUUAGACUACUAAGUCAAAAGAUGAUAGGAAUUAUUUUGUUGCUCAGCUGAUUUUGAUGGCUGAAUUUUUGCCAUCACCCACUGGUUUAGUAGAACCUGCACACGUGUAACAUCGAACCUCCAUAUUUAAUGGAGUCCUUGCUGUAAUUUACGAUAUUUUUAGCCCCAGAAAUAGUAAGAAACUAACGAAAAUAAUCUUGAUAUAACAAAACCUUGUUAUAGGGAUUUUGUUAUACAUGUAGGGAACAUAUUUUGCCAUACCCUUGGCCCUUCUAUAUAUUGAGGUUACACUAGCUGUGCAGACCUGUACACUGUAGCAGCUGCUGGGGCUGAGUUAUCUCCAGACAAAUCUAUUUGGAUCCCACACAGAGAACCAAAAUAAUGUUAGAAGCGUGACUCAAAGGGAGUACAUGGGGUGAUGGGAAGGAGGAAAAUGUUUACUGGGCUUCUCUUGUUAAUAUUAAUCUUCUGCCUAGUAGCUUUCACAACUCUUUUUAAGUACUAAUCAGGUUCACCAUUUUGAAACUCGACUUGCCUUCCAGUAUAGACCUCAUUUUUGUAGAACUAAUUUUAAGCAGUUCAGUACAUAUCCUUUAUCAAGGACCAACAAAUACAUUAUUUGGAAUUUGCUGCCAAUUUCACUAACCAGCUCUUCUUCCAUAUUUUUUUUCAAAAAAUUAUCUCAUUGAUAGCUGUUCUCCCGGCUAAGUUUUAUGUUUUCUGUUCACUCUGUACUCAAGUAAGUAAUAAUUAGCUCAAGGAAUCUGAAACUUAUUAAUAUAAGCUCCCAGCUUCUUUAGGCUUCCUUGUCACAUUAACUUAUACUUUAAUUAUUAAACACCUUUCGUAACGUUUUAUGGUUUUGUUAUGUGAGUGACUAAAAAACAAAGAAAUAAGAAAAUAAAUAAUAAAUAAAUAAUAGGAGACUGAGAGAUGACUUAAUUAAGACAAGUCAGCAGCUGGGAUGUUUUUGCAAUUAUUUUUCCUGACAAACACUCCAGUUAUUUUUAUAAGGAAGUAUAAGACUCCUUGGGAGGGAAUUGGUAAUUCUUUGUGUCCAAGCGAAGAAUUAUAGGCCUUCCAAAACUCACUCGUUUAUUUUUCAUUAUUUUAUUACAGUAUAGAAAUGUUUAGUGAAUGAUCUAUUUCUAUGGGCUCUGGGCUGCAGUAGUAGUGGGCUAUACGACCUUAACCUUAAUUUAUUGACCCUACAUGCCAACAUUUUUUAUUUAUCUAAGUCAAAGUGAGUAACACCUGCAUUAAAUGAAAUUAUCUGCAUACUCAAAUAAUACUACAAUACAUAUUAAUUUGUUAUGUAUGUCUAGAAACUGAUUAUUCUAUACUUUAAUCACAUUAAAUUUUGAACAUUAAUUUAACAAUUGUCUGGUUCUGAUUUUUAUGUGGACUGUUUUAGGGUUAGUCUUUUGUACGGUGUGGUAUCAUGGCCAAACAAACUGGACAUCUAUUGCGGCAACUCAGGUCACUAAUGAGAAGUAAACAUCUACUGAGUGAAGCAAUUCAGGCUUACAUUAUCCCUUCUGAAGAUGCUCACCAGGUUAACUAUUCUAAAUUGAAAUUUAAGAGUGCCUUAUUUAUAAUAUUUAAUUCCCAAAACAGCAGUGACUAGCUUCUUUGACAUCCCCACUCCCCUUCAAUGUGGUAAGGAAGCUAAUGGAUUGCUGUAUUGCUGGUUUGUAGCUGAGGUCUUGGUUGCCAUUUUAAUUUACAAGAACAAAUUAAGCUUUUCCCUUCACUGGGAACUUAACUCUUUUUUCAUGCAAUGUCUGCUCAAAGAAUUUUGUUGUUUUGUCAACCAACAUGGCCAUCUUGUCACGUGGUUACAAACCAAGAAUGUCACAGCUCCAUGAUGUGACCAUUGUCCUUGAUUCUAAGUGGGCAGUACUAGUUUUUUUAAAGGCCCUUGUUUUUUGGCUGGAGAUGGGAAAAAGCUAUACAAACUCUUACUUAGAGGACUGAUUUGUUUCAAUAUGGUAUAAUUUAUUAUAAAUUGAUUAUAAUAAAUUAACAAAAUUGUACAUUAUUUUAUUUUGGCAGAAUGAAUAUCUUGCAUCAUGUGACUUAAGAAGAGAAUUCAUCUCUGGCUUCAGUGGUUCAGCAGGUAUGGUUAGGACUUGCUAGGGGUUGAUAGUUUUUUAGUCUCCUAGCUGCUGCCAAGUUUACCCUGCUCCUUAUAAUUAAAUUUCAGGUACUGCCAUUGUCACAGAUACCUUGGCUGCCCUGUGGACUGAUGGGCGUUACUUUCUCCAGGCUGAAAAACAGUUAGAUUCUAACUGGACACUUAUGAAGCAUGGUAAUGUUUAUUAAGAAGACCUUCCCUGUUUUUUUCUUGAAAGCUUAAAACCUCUUAUCUCCUUCUAUUUCACAUGGAAUCAGAUUUGUAAAAAUGAAUAAUAUUGGAAAAUGUUAAUUAUACACAAUUUAAGAUUUAAUGCAUUUAUAAGUUCCUCACUUCUCUUAACAAAGGAGACUUUAACAGAGAAUUAACCCAUUGCAACUUCUUGGUUCUGCCAUGAAUUUUUCCCGUGACAUCUGUCAGCUAGGUAAAGCCAUGGUCCCAUUUUAGGGAUAAAAUUUUCAUUCUUUUUGAGAUCUGUAUGUGCAUUUCAAUGAACACAUAUAUAAUAAAAUUAUUAAGUAGUUAGGGGCAUAGCUAGGACCUGUUGUAAGUCAUUUUCAUUUUUUUUUUUUUUUUUUUUUUUUUUUUUGGGGGGGGGGGGGAGGGGGCAGUGAUUUGAUUACAUAAUUUUCUAUUGUUAUCAGUAUAUCAGCAUAAUAAAGACUGUCAUCUUCAGGCGGCAUGUAUAACUUUUGACACCAAAUUGGGAAAAUUACUACAUUUUGUUUGAAAAAAUUAUAUGAGAGAGGUUAAAGGGGAUUUAGUUAUAAUAGGUAAGUGCUCCUUUUUCCAGCUAUCCCGUAUUUUUUCCCUUGCUUUGCUUUUCUGUUUUGUUUUAAUUAUUGUUUAUUAUCAGUUCAACAUUUUUUCUGGUGUACGCACAUGUGUGCUGGGGGUACAGGUUAAGCUAUGCCCCUGCAGGUAGUUAUUACUAGGUACUCUAGCAAACCAUGUAUACCCACUUCGUGUAAUAGUAGAAUCAUCAGCUAUCAGUAUUAUUGAUCUUUAAGUAUCUGAUGCGUUAUUAGGGCUUCCUGAUACACCUACUCAAGAGGAAUGGCUCAUUCAGGUACGAGAUAUCGUGGACAAAUUUUUCUGUUAUUUCCUGGUAUUAUUCACAGCUUGGUUUUAUGGAAUAUAAAUCAUUCAGAACUAAGUUACUGUUACUGGUUUGGUAGCUGUAAAAUCAGUUUGAAAAAUUUUACUCUCACUGUGGAUCAGUUAGCCAAAAUUUUUUAUUUUAAGAAAACAUUGUAGAAAUUUUUGGUUGCCGUACUGGGGCCUAAUUGGUCGAGAUUUAUUUAUAAAUUGCAUUUCCAGCCAGUCAUUGGAAUUUUCCUUCCCCAGUUAUGAGUAGACUUUAAAGAAAAUCCUUCGUCUGAUUUUAUAUGGUGCAGGACGAAGACCUCUCGCAACUUCAUUGCUUGCUUGGCUGCUUUGUGGCCUACAAUAUUAUAAAAAGCUCGCUCCACUCAUUUAGAAACUUGUGAGGUCAACUUGUAGCAAGUCUAAGUUAUGUUCUGUGUGCAUGUGAUUGUGCAUAUGAAUAUGUUUUAAGUUGAUAAUUUAUAACUUUUUCCAUAAAACUACACUUUUGAUACAUUAUAAUAGAAAACAUGUCUCCCACAAAAAUGCUGAAGAUUUUGCUUGCAUGUUUUUGUGAUAUCAUUCCCAUGAUCCAUCAAAUUGAGGACAGUCAAGAAGCAUGAUAUAUAGAUACAUCGAUCAUCAGUGAAAAUAAAAAAAUCCUGUGUAACUGCUGUGCAGUUUGUUUAUUUUUUGUUUUGUCUCCAUUUUAGGUGUUAUCAAGUGGUUCUAAGGUUGGAGUGGAUCCUUGUGUUAUAACCCAUGGUGAGAGCUACUGUUUAUAGGAUAUUCUCGACUAAGAAUAUUUUGAUUUAGGUUUGAGAGUGAUUGACACAGAUUUGUUAAUGUUAACUGCACUGAUUUAUCUUUAUUUUCUUUUGCAUUCUUGUAGACAAGUGGCAGAAAAUGUCUCGGGUGAGUGUUAAAUGUUGUAGGUGAAAUUUAAGUUCAGGUUAAAAUUGUUUAACCUCAGUAAGUUGGUCCUCAAUUUCCUUUAAUAUCAUUGCCUCCUAACCACUAAGUAAUCAUUAUCAUGAGUAUAUGAACCAGGGUUAGAAAAUAAAGGAAAUUUAGAAUCAACCGGAAGGUUAAAAAAUAGUAAUAAUAACCUAAAUUUAGUGAAUAGACAGCAUUUCUAUUCAGAUCACCUAAAGAAAGCAUUUAUACCAAUCCCUUCAUGGUAGAAUGACAUAUCGGUAUUUACUCUCAAUAAAGAAUCAAGAAUAAAAAAUUAGAACAUUCAAGUUAUAAAGUUACUUUAUCCUAUGUCAGAAUGCUUUAAAUAUUAAGGUAUGCUCUUCAGAAUUGCAACAUUUUUACUGUACCUUUCAGGGGCACCCAACGAGAAUAUAGUUCAAAACCACUUAAACAUAUCACUGUUAAACUUAUUUUAGUAUUUAAACGGUGGAUAUAGGCAUAUUUUUGUCCCCUAAAAUUUUUCAUCUGUUCGGAUUUCCUAGCUGAAAGCCUAGUGAUCCGAAAACUAUAGGGAUCAAAACUUACCUUUUCGAAAAUUUCAGCCAGAAAAAAGGCUCCCGAAAAUUCUAGGUGACCUUUUUAGGGUAAAAAUCCGUUAAAAAUAGGCAAUUAUACCAUUUUUUUGAUGUUCGAAAAUCAUAGGAGAGGCAGGCAAGCAAGAAAUUUUACAACAAAUGUUCCGAAAAUUCUAGAUCUAAAAUUGUCUACCGAACAGAUAUUCUUCCGAAAAUUGUCGUUGGGUGCCCCUGACCUUUGUCUCCCUCCACUGUGUAUUUUUAAAUGUUUUAAAUAUUUUUAUGAGUGACAUAAGAUUUGUGGAAAUUCCUCUCUUCAGGCCUUGUCAGCAGCAGGUCUAUCCUUGGUGUCGACAGAGACAAAUCUUGUUGAUCAGGUUUGGGAAGAUCACGGCAGACCUGAUCCCCCAAAUGAGGGUCUCAUAGUCAUGGACAUGUCAUAUACAGGUCAGUAAAUUUCUAACCUGACAUCCUGAUUUGAAUACGUGAUAAUACUUUGGUGUGAUUGCAGCUUAGCCAGGUCCGCUGGGCUAAGAGAACAAGUUUAAUAUGACAGGCUUCCAAGAGGGCAUUAAAACAACUGAGCCCUUUCCUCUUGGCUCUUCUCUUGGCUCAGUGGGUGAGGGUGGGGUAGAAAAGGGACAAAGGUACUCUCUCUCCCUUUCCCUCCCAACCCCUGUUCUCUGAUUUGAGCCCAGAAAGUGCCAAGAGAGUUUGCUUGCUGGCUACCCAAGAUCCUGCCUAAAUCCACCUAAAUGUCCACAAACAGAUGGCACAUAUCUGAUCUGGGGUAAUUCUACUAUACUGUUCUAUGCAUGGAAAUUAAAUAGUCAGAGUGUUGAGGCUGACCAGGGUGACAUCAGUACACACAUCUAAAUGUCUGAAUGAAGAGAGACAUUACAUGAAGCAUAAUGGCUUGUCUUAAAGGAAUCUUCAUGAUUGCAUCGACUGAGGCUUUGACCCUAAAUCCAGUACACACCAGGGCCUGGGUAGUUCAAAGCUGGAUUAAGAUAACCCAGGGUUAGUGCGAAAUUUGAGUUCAGAUGUGAAAGCUUAAAAAGCAAAUUAAGUUUAAUUCUUUUUUGCCUACAAUUUGAUGAUUGGAUGCUCUAAAAAGGAUAGAGAAAAUUAUUCUUUUGACUAGAAAAUACUUUUGAACACUGAAAAGAAAAAGAAAACCAGAUUAAAAUGUAAACUCGGGAUAGCGCUAAUCAGCCUUGCGGAACAACUGGGCCCUGAUCACUGUACUGCACUGCAUCCUCAUCUAAAGAAUAAUAACGUGCAUUUAUAAUUUCCAUGAAAGUUGUCAGAGUAUUAUCAGUAUUGAAUUAACAUAACACCCAGAUCUUUGCAUACUCCAUUAAUAUCACGUUGCAUAUUUUUACUCUCUGAUGCAAUUGUAGGUAAAAGCUGGCAUGAUAAAGUCAAAGAAGUAAGAGAAAAAAUGACAAAGAAGAAAGCUGAUGCGUUAGUGAUAACAGCAUUGGAUGAGAUUGCUUGUAAGCAUAAGAAACAUUGUACUAUGUUUUGUGUUCUCCUAACCUCUUUUUGUCAUCUUUUAUAGUUUCUUUAUUAAAUUCUAAUCAAUACCUUUUCUAUUUCAAGGGCUGUUUAACUUGCGAGGCUCCGAUGUGGUUUUUAAUCCAGUCUUCUUUGCUUAUGCCAUGAUUAAACAAGAUGAAGUAAUGUAAGUUAACUACCUUAUUAUAGGAAAUGCGCCCUAUGAAAUUAAGGUAUUGGAUGUUAACGCGACUCAAAUUAACACAAAUUUAGUGGGAAAAGACUUUCGAAUAAAGGAAAUUAGCGUGAACGAAGGGGGUAACAUUUCAAAAUAGAUGAAAUUAACGCGACGUUUUCAAAGAAACAAACUUCUUGUAUAAUCCGAAAUAGCAAACUUUGUUUGUGGCACUUUCCCUAUAUAUAUGUAUGAAGGGAGUCAAACUGAGAAAUCUGGUCACUUCGAGGUUCUUCAUAGUUCCACUGUUACUGGCGGAUCUCCAGCCUGACAAAAUACUCCUCUUUCUCAGGUGUCAAGAAUGUCAGAAGUGUAUCGAGAAUUUAGGGCCAAGAUAAUCGAAAUUAAGGUCGCCGAAAUUAACGCUCCACUCAAUUUUUGAAAUUCGCGCUAAUUUCAUGAAGCGUUAAUUUCCUAUAAUAAGGUAAUGUUGUUGUAUUUCCUAAAAUCGUGGCAAUUAAUGGAGUGAAUUCAAGAUAUUUACGCUUCUGCCGGACACACUUCGAAUCCUUUUAAGCAAAGGUUUCAUAAUACAUAAGCAAGUAAAAAUCAACGAUCAUGAAAAAAGUAGAAGGGACGUUUAAGUUUCGUCAUGACUUCCCUUUCUUAGUAAUAAACGUGCAAUGGCCGUUUUCACACUUCAGACAGGUAAUACGUCUUAAUGUGAAAAUGGAACGGCUUUUAUUUUGGAUGAAUAAUCCGUCUGACUUUAUGAAUCUGUUUAUCCGCCAAUUUUUACGGAUUUUGGAGAUAGAUUUUCCGUGUUGAAAACGGCCAACACCAUACAAAUAGUUUGGCGGUUUUGCUUGCAUUGAGUCCAAUUGGACGUUAUCAUGGCAGAGGGCGAGAGGUUAGAGCGCUGGAUUUGCCAUCUGAAGACCCUGAGUUCAAAUAGCUCUAUAAACCGCUACACACCAUAGCUUGAUUUGAUCUGAGUACUCCUCGGUAACGCUUGUACAUGUAAAUAGCCGACGGAUUAGCCUGUUUAGUGGGGACAAGGGGACAACGGAUCACGAAAAAGCGUGAAAAAUUGCUUGAGAGCUGGGGAGAGAGAGUGCCGUUUUUCGUUCGCGCACUUUUUCUCUUCGUCUAUACUGACCGAGAGCCUGGCACAGGCUACCAACUGGUUCGCCUCCGGCCAGUUGGGAUUCUUGACCUUGUUAAGGUUAUUUCAAUUGUUUGUUUCUAAUGGCCGGUUAUCAGUAAUUGUGCUUCCUCUAUUUAUUUAAUUUUUUUUUCAGAUGGUGUUAAUUCUGUAAUGAGCAAUAUUUCGUAUUCUGCGCAAUCGAACUCACAGUGCUUUUGCACAUUUUUCACACCACUUUAAUGACAACCAUCUUUAACAGGAAGACUUCCCUUUUUGCAGGUUGUUUAUAGAUAUGUCAAAAAUUGACAAAGCUGUUUCCAACCACCUUGGAUUGGAAAGCACUAACGACAACAGUGAAAGCAAAGUUUCUGUUUGUCCAUAUGAUGGGAUAUGGGAUGCCGUUAGUGAAGCAGCUAAGAAUGGAGCCCGUAUUUGGGUAGGGAAUACUGUUUGUACAUGGGUAAACUCGAUCUAUAUACGUGUAGAAAGCCAGCAACAUGGAAAACAAUAUGGAAAACAGUACUGUCAAAUCUAUCGACACUCCUUCUCUGUUAACUUUACGUGUUUGUCUACUUUUAUAAAGGUUAAACUCUUUUGAACCAGGCUUUUGCACAUUCUCUCUCUUUACAGUGAAACAUCGAUGUAACGAAGAACCAAGCGACUGGUAAAAUAUGCUCGCUGUAAUGCAGUUUUUUUUGUCGAGGUUCUUCACGUUCAGUCUUUCCCUAAUAUGUUACCAUUACUUGUACGAAGAAUAUCGUUUUUUAUACUUCCGACUCCGUGAUUUACAUGUCCAGUUAUAUAAGAGCCAUUUUACGUGUUUACAUGUGUCGCAUAAAUUCAGUGUACUUAGUGCUGUUUAUCCUGUUUUAUCUAUUAUAUGAUUUUUUUCCUUUUUUUUUUUUUGCAGAUUAGUUCAUCAUCCAGUGAAGCAUUAGCCAGACUCGUUCGUAAGGUAUGAAAUAAUUAGGUCUCUUCCACACAUAUCCGGAGAAAGUGUGUCCACGUGUAGCGUAUUCGAAUCGUUCUGCACAUCCACGCGCAAAAAAAAUAUCCACUCGUAUCCGUUUUUGUUUGAGCACGGAGAUUUCUUACUCCGUUUUAGCCUUCCGUCCACGCGUAAACGGCGUUUUCUGGCACCAAAAAUGUAUGCUUUUGAAAACGUCCCCCACAGUAGAGAUUUUUGAAAACGCCAGGUUGUCAGUGUCAUAGGUGGCACAUGCUCUGUAAAGGACGUUAUCGUAUAUACAUCAUUUCAGCGUUUUAAUGUGGAUGCGGAAAAACGAUUUGAAUGCGCUACGUACUUUUUUCUGGAAGACGGAGAAAAAAUCUCCGUUUUCAAAAAUAACCGUAUACGAGUGGACGGAGCCUAAGAGCCCGAUUGAUCAUGAAUCUGUACACUGAGCAGGGAAAAGAUUGAAAGUUGAGUAUCCAAAAAUCAAAAUAAAAGUGUCAGCUUCCUUGGAAAACGUACUACACAUUGCUAGCCAAUGGACCAAUCAGCUUAAAUCAAAUUAUAUAGACAUAUAUGCAGUCAGCGGUCUGCUCAGCGUGUAAAAACGGGUAAAGGCCAAAUCAUACGGUACAACUUUGUGGCCACACCGUGUGUUUUGUGAGUGACGUUAUUUCUUUGUCUACAAUACAUAGCUUAAUGAAAGAGAUGAGCAAAUCGCAAUUUGGUUAACUGAAAUAAGUUUCACUCCUGCGCAAAAUAUUUUAGCCGAUCGUUUCACGUAGCAGGGCAAAACUAAAUCAAUCGCCCGGGAACAAUGCCGCUAUUCAAUAAAAAAAGUAUAUUUAAAUAAAUAUAUUUUAGACGUAAUGGUCAACAGGGUUUCAUUUUGUUCAUUACAGACUCAUCUCAUUACUAAUCCAUCACCACUGGCCCUUAGUAAGGCGAUCAAGAAUGAAGUAGAAAUCGAGGGCAUGAAACAAGCUCACGUAAGUAAUAUAUAUAUAUAUGCGUUAUUGACCAAACGGGAGGUUAAGAUGACUGCAUACUGGCCAAGUUAAUUUUUUUUUUUUUUUUUUGCGUUGUUCUGGACCAAGACGAAGUCGAGGUUAAUAAAAACGCAAAAAAGAGCGAGGCCAUCUUGACCAAUCAAACUUGAUCAAUAAAGAAUUUAUCAUGCAUUUGGUCAAAAAGAGAACUUUUCUUGCGGGACCAAUGCGGGAAAUCCCGAACGGGCGCAAGAUGGUCCCUUCUUGCCCGCUCGGUUAGCCAAUCAAUCUUCUUGCCCGAUCGCCGAUUUAGCCAUAUGAUAAAUAUCGAUUCGAUUCUUUUGUUAUUACAUGUGUUGUACAGUCUGAGAGUUUAUAAAAUCCUUUGCAUUCAAACAAAUGAGCGACAAUCAUACAAACAUAAACCACAAAUCUUUCUUUUUUUCCGGAACAAGCUAGGCUUCAUCAAUGGGGAAUUAAGACCAAAGUCUCCUCUUCUACCCCUUCCCCAAAGUGGCCCGCUCAUCGCACUUGUUCGCAGCUCUGUUACUGAUAAACAAACUGGUGCUGCGUAUUAUACUGCCACUAAACGGGAUCCAAAUUCCACACAUAAAAUAUAGAUCACAAUUUCUUAGUCAAUUAAGGAAAAAUACUCAACAAGAGGGACCUAGCCUCGAAAUACCGACCUUCAAAACAGUUCCCCGGCAACAGACCUACCUUGCUUAAAACCGCAUUUUUAUGAAUCUCGUUAGUACAUGCGUUUCAUUCUCUGAUCAAGCUAUUGAAAUAUCUCUCUGAAUAUUGAAAGAGCAUAACAAUUUCAGUUAUCUGUGAAAAUUUGAGCUCGAUAGACCGAAUAGUUUCGCUGAAAUUAUGUUUGAAAAACUCGAAACUAUACAUUUAACAAUGUAUGGCUCAUCAACGUUAUGCCACCCAGCAAUUGGCUGCUAUCUCCUUUGUUAUUGCUUGCAAAGAGCUGAAAAUUCCACAAAUUGUUUAAAUUAACCAUCUCUUGUUAAUUUGGAAUUUCAUUUGUGCAUACCUGGUUAAGUCGUAUGCCGAUGAGCAAAAAUGUUUACAGUGACGCCAGCAAAGAUUCGCCUGUAGUCCGUGUACCAACCAAUACUCAUGGCUUAGUCUUGAUAAAGAAAUUGUUUUUAAUUUCAAUUCAGAUACGCGAUGCUGUAGCUUUGUGUGAGUACUUCUCCUGGUUGGAGCAAGAAGUUCCGAAAGAUGAGCUUACUGAAAUCACUGGUGCAGCUAAACUUGAAGAACUGCGAAGGUGAGGAAGAUAAAUUAAAGAAUAUUUCAGUCUUGCAUUGUCAACCAGUGAAUGAGACUGACGACUACUAAGACGUAAGUUAACAUUUUGAUCGAAAAAAAAAAACACAAUUUGGAUGACAUCACAUUAUGGAAAUAAAAUUUACUUCCCUUCUUUUAAUACCUCCGUUUUAUAAUUUCGGAGAAGAAUAGUGUAGCAUGUAAGUAAGUCAUUAUCUGUUCAAUCGGUCGGCAUUGUCCGAUAAGUUAACCGAAUUUUAUUUGCACCCUUAAUUACUUGAUUGUCAGAGAUCAGUAAAUUUGUGAUGGUUGAUAAAUCGCGCGCCAAUUUCCAAGGUGUUUAAGGCAGUCACGUGCUAUUCGGACAUGUUUAUUUCCUGCGCCUGGAGCUGGCUACAGGGAACCGGAAAAAUGGAAAAUGGGGAAAACCCCAACCUUAAUCCCUAGCUCUAUCAGUAACCCCAUUACCCAUUCUUUGUUCUCUCGGUUUUUUGUUUUGUUUUUGAUUUUGUUUUUUUCAUUUUCCCGUUCCGUUGUUUGUUCCUCGCUCUUCGUUCCCCGUUUGGUAACACCCAGAUUUUGUAAAGAUACCAAAUAACGAUCUUCGUUGUAAUGUCUUUAUUUCAGAGAGCAAGAGAACUUUAUGAGCCUCAGCUUUGAGACAAUUUCAGCAGUGGGCCCUAACGGAGCGGUCAUUCAUUACAGGUAUUCAUAUUAAAGUACAAACAAAAGCAUGUUCCUUUUCAUGUUGGUUGUCUUGGUUAAAAAAUCGAAAAUAGAAGCAGACUGCAAUACAGUCCGUAUUAUUGCGUUGGUCAAGAGCGCAGGAGCGGUCAAACAAAAGUCCUGGAGCGAGGGUGAAAACAAAGAGUGAAACUGGGGAGAGACGCGAAAUUUUUUCUCUCGAUCCACAUGGGCAUGUGAGGCUCGCGAGAUUCGCUCGAGAAUCUCACGCGUGCUCCUUGGCAAACCAAUUUUUAGGAAAACAAGGAAGCUGUUUUGCAGCCUAACAUGAAAGGUAAUAUGUGGAUGCUUGGAAGUUUGAGACCAGGCCCCAGAUUUGCAAACCCAUCUUAAGCUGAGAUGUAUUUCUUGCAGUAUAGUUUCAAUACAGUGGGCCAUUGUUAAGAACCAAUUCUUAGGAGAUAUGUUAACGAAUCUUAACGUAGGAAGUCUUUGUAAUUCUGGAGCCUGGGGUAAAAUAGAGACUAUAAUUAACAUACCGAUCAAGGGACGGUUAUUUAGAUGGAAUUUAACUAGUUUUUAACGAAACCGCGUUCUAAGUCAUUUUCAGUUUGUCCAACGCUUUAAUCUAAACACCAUUGCCGUGAACAGUUUCAUUAAAGACUGUAGUUUACGCGAGAAAAGCAUUGAUCUUCUUAAAUUAACCCACUAUGGAAGAGAUCUGGAGGUCCGAAGAUUUCUUAAACCGCGGUCUAAGCUGGACCUCCCUUAAAUAGCCGACCAUAAGUGUUUAGGAACGUAGGACAAAGUAAUACAUUUUGUGUGCUUGUUUACAGACCAGCUGAAGACACGGACCGUGUUAUAUCCAAUGAAGAGCUGUACUUAUGUGAUUCUGGAGCACAGUUUAAGUAAGUCAGCCGUUUAUAUUUCAGUUCUAUUCAUUCAGAUUGGGUUUAAAGAAUAACUUGCACUUAGUAAAGAAUUCUUUACUUAUUUCACCUUUUCAGUUAAGGAUUGUUCAAUAUUUGGUCAUCAAUCUGGUAGUUUAACUACCAGAUUUAAAAAUAUUUGGCGGUCUCUGGGUCAAAGAAGUGAAAGCUCAAACACAGAUUCUCUUCGACAUUUAGGAUAAUUCAGUCCUUACUAUACUACUCGCCGACUAACGUGAUACCCAAUCCUUUUAUCAAAAGUAUAUUUAAGAGAGGUGACUAGCUGUGUCAGCCCGCAAAGCCUGCUUCAUAGCUGCGCAUAGGGAAAGAGAGUUUGAGGUUAAGGUUAAAAGGGGAAAGGAAAAGGUCCAUGUAUUCCACUUCAGCUGAACUAAUGAAAUGCCAUUUCAAAAAACCCGGAUACUUCGGUCCCUACUAUACUACUCUUGCGUAGCCGGCGGCUUAUUCCAUCUCGUAUAAUUCGUCAAAUGUUGGCAAUUUUUUUGGACUUGAAUUCUAAACGACUGUAUCAAAGUUCACGAAAAGAAAAGGAAAGUUGUGUCUCGUGUUCCCGUCCUCGAGAAUUAGGCAUUUUUACGUCGUACUCCUGCGGUGACGGUAAAGAAAUGUACAAAACAGCGUGAUGUACGUGCAAAGCUCUUGUUUGCCAAUCUAAACUUAUUGCUUUUUUGCCGUUCUCGUUGACGACGCCGUCGUCGUUGCUUAAGCUCCCUAUUAGAAGGAGUUGAGAGCGAGCAAACGGCGUAGAGCCACGUGGAGAAUGGGCCUAGGUGCCUGCUUACGCAGCUUUGCCGCUCUUUUGCGCGUUCACCAAAACCGUCAGCUACGUAGGCUAAGAUCAAGUCUGUGCACUACUUCACUUGUUUCCUUUUACCUUAUGGGACUUUUAAAUGCAUUUCGCUUGCGUUCUAGGGAUGGAACAACUGAUGUGACCCGAACUUGGCAUUUCGGAGCUCCCACAAAGUGGGAACGGGUAAGUAGAACAUGGGUUACGUGAUGUUUUACUUUCAAGAGUGCAGUGUAAUACGUCGAUUAGACUGCAAAAAAGUCCGUUUUUCUUUUUUGAAAUUUGGUUUUGCAAGGCGCGUAGCUUCGGGAGCGAAACGACUAAAAAGUUCCCGUGGACGAUUUUGGAAGAGUUCCCAGUGCCGAGAAAUACGGCUGCCAGUAAAAUUAUUAAUGGCGUUUUCUCGUUGCUAUAACAACCCUGAUGUCAUGGUAACCCUGCUCAAAACAAAUUUUUAUCGUUAUCUGAUACAGCUGUGGUGGUCACUGGUGAUUUUUCCAAAUCUUUGUUCAUGGCGACGUAGUUUAAGCUCAAACUGGAGAGAUACUCAUCCUAAAAAACCCCAUCCAGCCAUCUUAAAUAUAACUUUAGAAAGCAGGUCACCCUGUCUUACAUACCACGAAUUGCAUCGCAGGGUUAAGUUAUUAAACCUAAAUAGUAGCUGAAAUCGUGUAACCAACUUUUUGCUGCCCUAACGUUUAAGUAGCUUUUGACAAAACUAUCCUUGGAAACUUUGCCCGACUGUCGGGUUCCCCUGCUCGCAAAUUCCGCCCAAUUAACUCUAAAAAUUGAAAUUAAACGUCUCUUGUUAGAGAAGUCGGCAAACGUAGAGAUAAAGAGUAAAUUUUCAUUCGUGGCUUCAAUUUCUUUCCAUUGACAGGGCGAGAAUUGUUUUCUGUAUUCAGCUUCACGAAGUCGCGAAAUAUUUUCUAUAUUUGCAAGCCGUUUCAUUAGUAGAUUUCUUCUUAAUUUUAUAGGAAUGUUUUACGCGUGUGUUAAAAGGCCAUAUUGCACUGGCAAGAGCUGUCUUCCCCAACAAGACUACAGGUUUGUACCAAUUUACCAAUUUAAAGGUACCUAAGUUAUUGUGCGUGUGUAAUACAUUCACACCUCAAGCGAGCCUAACUGCCCUGUGUAUUCGUAUCCCUUGUGAUACUUGUGACUUCAUAAAUUUUAACCUUUUUAGGUAAACAAGGGUGGUUUAAUUAAACAGUCUAAAGAAAAAAAAUGAAACGCAAAAAUACACGAAAAUUCUAAUUAAGAUCUUGUUUCACUUAGUCUAACUGCCCUCAAAGUAAUUUCAAGAUCCUCGGAAUUUUCGCAAAAACAUCUCGCAGCGAAAUGAAGCUUAGUUGCUGCCUAGCAAAAGGAAGAAAACGGGGGAAGAAAAACGAAAGAAGCUGAAACAGAGUUUUUCUCCAAUGUUGAACGUUUUUAAAUAUGUUUUGUCGAACCUCUCCCUAAAGGAUAGGCAUUCUUCCGCAAACACAUGACUUGAUCCUGAUAAACUUCACUUUUACAUAGAAUAAUGCAAACCUCUGUAAUCCGACAACAGCGAACGAAAGGGAAAACAUUUAUAUCUUCCUGUUUUUCAAAUUUUUCAGCUGCUUUCCUCUUCUCAAAAAUGCCUUGCGUCUAUAACUUCAUUCCAAGCACGAAACAAACAAGCUCGACUAACAUGAAGCGUAAUUUCAGGCAGUGCGUGGAAGAGCACGUAUAGAAAGCUAUUUCCCAGUUUAAUUAGUUUAUUACUCAACGGAAUACUCGACUUCUAACGACGGGUGUUUUUUGUAGGACACAGACUGGACGCUCUAGCCCGCAUGGCGUUGUGGGAUGUGGGACUGGACUUUUUGCAUGGCACAGGACAUGGAAUUGGCUCAUUUUUAAACGUACACGAGGGUAAGCGACGUCCGUGCGUCCUUUAGGGACUAGGACAUUUGUGCUACUUAGAUAUUAUUUUCGUAAAACUCUUGACUUAAAUGUCAAAUAAACCUCAUUCGCUUUUCAUCAGCUAACUAACCGUUACAAAUCACACGAUAUUCCCUAUGUUUAAAAUCCUGUAUUGUGUGCGAUAUUAAAAGAGCUCACUUCUUUAAGUAUUAUCACGUGACAUGGGAGAAUACAACAGAGCGUGAUGCCUUAUCUCUCAUCCAACUGGCUGAUAGGCACCUUCCUUACCGCGGAGAUCCCGAAUUUACAUCUCAUUUGUAGCAAUUACAUGUUCUGUACCAGGAGCCCAUAACGCGGAGCGAGUAACUCCCUUGUGUCCACCCGACGGCGUUAUCAAGGACAACUUUAUUUUUAGAUCAAUCUUCUCGCGAAUUUUGACUAUCAAAUAAAUGUUACAAAUCAGUCAGCAGUUGCUGAAGACCAGAGAAUAGUAUCUCUGAUGUUCUGAUGAUAUUUACUUUUGUUUUUUUCUUUUUUCAUACUACAUGUACAGACGCACACACAUACGAAGUGGUACUUCCCGAAUUUCGCGGGAAAAAUGUUCCAAAUUGAGGCUAAAAAUAAACUGAUCUCUGAAAACGCCGUUACAUACGGUGUUUUCCAUUUUGCCAAACCAACCAGCUAGAAACCAGUGAAAUUAUCAAGAGAAAAUGGAACGACAUUUCUCAGUUGAAACAAAGUUUUCAAUCGAAUCAAGCGAUCCAUUUACAUUUCGACCGAAAUUAUGACUACUGCUUAGCAAAAUAGGACUGGAAACGACAAUUUUUGGAACUGGAACGGGAAGUUUCGGUCAAAGAGGACCACCUCUGGAGAUGGUCCACUUUGACCGGAAAAUUUCCACUUGGGCCGAACCGUUUCAUUUACUUUUGGACCGAAAUUUCCGGAAAUUUCGCUUCGGGUUUGAACAGCACUUGGACUUCAUAGUUAAAGUGGUUAGCAAAAAGAAAUAACGUUAUCUGCCCGUUGCGUGAAGAUUCACUUCUAUAGGAUGGGCUUCAAGAAUUUACCUCAGUCAGCCUUUAUGCGAUUCUUUUCAUUAUACACAUUAUCGUGAUAGGUCCUCAGAGAAUAGGCAGCCGGACCACUGAAAAUGAAGCUCCUUUAGAGGCUGGCAUGAUGGUCACUGAUGGUGAGUCACAAGCUUAAUAUGGUAGAUUUUUCUUACUUCCACUAAGCUUAUUCUGCUAACGUUAGAGCGUGUAAGCUUCACGUCUACGGCAAACGGCAAACGUCAGAUUCAAGCUUAGAAUUUCCCAAAAUAGAAAAUAAGCAGAUAAAAGCAGCUCAAAACAAUCCUUAUGGAUACAAAAUUGCGUGAAACUACUAAAUUAUGUGUAGAAAUAAUGAACCGUAUUAAACGACAAUUAAGGGGAAACUUGAUCACGUGGUACAAAUUCUCGUUUGCUGUUCGACAUAAACCAGAUGCUCAGCCUCUCUUUUAGUCACGAGAAUUUCCCCUCAUCACAUUAUGAGAAGAAAUCUGAACAUAUUGUUUUAAAGUAAGAGAACUCAUAACACGCCGUUAGUAUCAAAUCGCUUAGUGGAGGCUUGGUGCCUGGGAUAUUCAGGGAUGUCCACUCUCGGUAUAGCUAUCCAGUAUCCCCUAAACAGCGUCAGAUGACCAGAGCUAAAAAAUCCUCGCCACCCAGCCAUGGGCCCCCAAGCCAAAAGAAACCAGGCAACCGUCAAACUGACAAAUCAGUCGAGAAAAUAAAGAGAAAUAGGGAAGGGGGUAAACACAUGAUCUACAGGCUAAACGAAAGUCAGUGGCCGCCAAGAAAACGCGGUACCAAACACAUGGAGCUAAUGUUAAGAAGGCUGGCUGCGCCUGCGCCACUAUGCUGACCGCUUACCGAUAACACGAAAUGGCGGUCUUUGUUGAUGUAACUAAUUUAACUGCUAAUAAUUGGGUAAUCGCGACGUCAACAUGCCGCCAACGAAAUGAAGACAAACGACCGACCUCUCUAAAUUGAUACACUCCAAGACUUGACUAGUCUUCCACGCAGCCUAUUUUGUCUCGUCAAGCAUCGCGUUACGUGACGAGACAAAAACGUCUUCACCUGCAUUGCAGGAUCUCAUGAAAGGGUUUUCCCGGCCGCUUUUUUGUUUCGAAAGUAUUUCAAAGAUGGUUGGUUUUUGGAUGUUUCCUCGAGCGUCCUUUAUAACUAGUAUAAAAUGCUAUUGAAUUUAAAAACACAAAACCACAAACUAAUUGUUGUGUUUUUCUCCGUAGAACCUGGCUUCUAUGAAGAUGGUUCUUUUGGAAUCCGCAUUGAAAAUGUGUUGCUUGUAAAACCUGUGGUGCUAGAAGUAAUGACCGAUGAUUAUUGACGUUUCUCUUUAGAUACUUUUUUAUCAUUUAUUAUUUAUUUAUUUAUUUAUUUAUUUAUUUCAAGCCACUCCUUUUUUUCUUUGAACAGAACAACUUUAAGAACAGAGGAUAUCUAGGCUUUGAACCUGUUACGCUGGUAAGCAUGUCCAUCAGUUUACCGUUUAUGACGAAGCUCUGGCAGCUUCAACCUCUCACUCACAAAAACCGAAAUUAAUAAUAAGCAUUCAAUGACUGGCCCCAAGGGAAAAAGUCAUUGAGUGUUUUGUUAACCUCCCAACUCAAAAAUAAAUAGGUUUUCAUUCAUUCAUUUAUUUUGCCAUUAACCAGAAAUACAACAACAGUAUACAGAAAUACAUUAAAGAUAAUAUACAAUAUUCCAACUAAAUUAUUAACAAGGUCAAAUGUGACUAGCCUGCGUCGUAGACGUAAUUUAACCUCGGUUAGUAACGUCUUAGUUUAUUAGCUGUACUGAUCUAUCAGUAAAUUACAAACGUUUCACUCAAAUUGAAGUCCUUCGUUCAUGCAAUCUCCUUUGCGACUGAACAACCGCAUGAGUUAAUUAAUAAGCUUUAAUAGUUUCCCGGAGACAUUUGACCUUCUUGUUCGUUUUUGGUCUAAGGAUAAUAAGUCGCUUGAGAUCACUGAGGAUAAACGUUAGUAUUGCCUUUACCGCAGAAAGUGUUCUUUAAAAAAACUCGAAAAUCUUUCAUCUGAGCUAUGUACAUGAGAACAUUUAUCACGCUGGUCAAAAGAAAGAGUACUCCACCAAGAUAGCGUUUUAUAAAAUCUACCUCAAGUUCACUGAGUGAAUGUUUAGCAAACUUCAAGUAGGUUGAAAAACAGUUUAAAAAUAUAUAAGGAAGAAUGGAAGCAACAGCAAAGAAAAUGAGAAGAUAUGUUCCUCUGAUUUGAGACGAUCUCAUUUUCGCCCUAAUGGCGUUGUCUCGUUGUAUGUUAAUUCUUCUACUUUGCCUUUUCCAUACUCUUCUGGCUAUGAUGAGGUUAAUACAAAGCAAAAUUAUGCUUGGUAUAAAGAAUUGCAUCAAUCCAAAACCUUGCUCGAUUGCUCUGUAAGUAAUAUAACUGUUAUCGAUCCUACAGUCCACUGUGUAAUGUGUACCAUUAAUAUUGGAUCUUACAACGCUCAUUGUUGCUGCGGGAGCCGAUAAUGAAAGACAACCUAUGAUCCAUGCACCAACUAAUUUACGAACAGUAGCAACACUGAACGAUUUGGGAACGUCGCGGGUUGAUGAGAAUUUCUCCACGCUUAUGACAAUUAAAUUAUUCAGUGUUAUGGUGGGAAACAACAUGCCAAUGUAUCGAACUAUUCUACAAGGCCAGUCAUUAUGAAAUAUAUCAAACAAUUGUACAGAUAACAUCGGAGGUAAAACCAAACUAGAAAGUAUAUAUGACAGAGUUAAACUCCUGAUGUAAAGAUUAAAGUUUCUAGCGAAAGGAGUUGACUGUAAUAAUGGAAAUGACUUUUUCUUUGAAACGAAGUAAUGAAUAAGGCUAUUUCCCAGUAGUCCUACGAGACCAAGAAUCACAAACAGUGCAAAUAGACCAAUUUUUAUAUCAAAACGUCUUGGCAAGUUUGUGUAAACUUUGUCAGGCAUGUCUGCGGUGCUGUUGGUAGUUUCAGUGGAUAGCUUGUUGCUUGAGAGAUUGAACAAGUUUGAGUCUUCCAUCUGUUCGGGAAAAAAAGUAGAAAAAUAAGAGUGUUGGUCAAUGAUAGUUUUGAAACCAUUGUUAAGACCAUUUUACGUACUCGUUUGUGUCCCGCUUUUCUUAUGUAAGGGCGCGAUUAUAGGUAACUGUUGUGGUCGCGUAGAUGUGAUGUUGCGCGAAAAAUUGCAAUGAAUUGUGUGCAUGACAACGCGUUUUCAAAAACUGCCUGCGAUGUCGUGUGCUUAGAUGAUAUUUUAUUUGUAAAGGCACUUUUGUUGUUGAAUGACAUGCAAGAUACGUAACCUUUAUACAUUCAGUUGCACUGAGCGGCAAUCUCAACGUCAAUGUUUGUUUGUUGUAGUUGGACUUUCAAUGAUCGACUCUCAAGUUAACAAAAAGAUUGAUUACUAUUCGUGUGAGAUGACUUAAGUUUUGCCAUUUUUUGCGGUUUUGCCUUCCUAUGAAAUCUUAUUUGUGUUAGGGAUUUACACUAAGUUGAAUAAUGAGCUACAGGAAAGUAGCCUGAGUGAAUCAGGUUCCAUAUACAGGGUCAUUAUACUGGGCAAACUGACCUGAAACUUGAUUCACUCAGUUUCCUAACCCUGGUCACUAAAGUUCAGUCAUUUAAGGUUCGGCGUGAACUUUCCGGAUUCCGGUGUUAAAGCAAACCCUUAUUUGUCGAGUAUUUGGAUCUCUCUCUCUGCUCGGCUGAGGCGCUCAUGGGGGUUCCCAUUGGUGCCAACAGUCGACCUCUGUACGCUUCCAAGCUUUGCGGUCCUGUGCCAAAGUGCGAAUUUCGUUAGGGAGAGGGCGGAUUUUCUGGAUUGAUUAGCUUUGCAGCAUAUUCGUGGAAUAGAAUUUUCCGUCCACCAGGUCUUGGUUUACCAUGUGUCAGGCACUGGUACAGAGCAUAUUUUAUAUUUUGUGUGGAUGGACUUUAGGGGGUAUAGUUUGUCCUAUUUAGUCGCUACUUUGUCACUACCAGGAGUUGCUAGGCUUUUUCGCCGAGGGAUUGAGGAAUUUGCAAACGCUUAUGAUUGGAAAAUCAAUGGGUAAGGAGGGAGAAAUGGCGACCUACCGACAUCGUAAGCCAGUUUCGAUUCAAAUUGAUUCAACCCAAGAGAGGAUAAAGCUCCUCUCUUGACCAAACUGAACAGAUACAUGGACUUAUGAACAAGAAAGGUGCUAUAGCUGAAUAGUUACUCUUGGCGAUCGGUUCCAUGCUGACGUAGAUUAAUAAUUGUUUUAGAAAAAUUCAACCAGUUGGUCAAAAAUAUCGAGAGAACACAACUUUGCUAGCAAAUUUAAUUCAUAGCCAUUGUUUUCAUUUCUCCUGGCGCUUGACAGCCGUCCGAAACAAAACGACAACAAUGCUUCAACCAAAAUUUUGGGGGCAAAUAAUAGACCACUAGUUGGAAAUUUAUGGAAAUCGCAAAUGAUGCUUAUCGUGGCGCUUCUCCAAACUUUCUAGACCGACUGGAUUUGUCAAGUAAUUUUUCUGUUAUUUAACUGCUCUGUCACUACAAGGAGUAGCAGUCCUGUUCCCUUAUGGCUACGAAAGCUAUUUAGCGGGAUUAUUUUUCUCUUUUGAUUCGAUGCAUACAAAAGUGAAAAUUUAGUCGAAGUUUGCUGUCGUCGUUAGCACAAUUGAAAAGAAACGAUAUGGGAAUUUCAGAUUUUAAGAUAAUUGAAAUUGUUAAAAUCGUGUUCGGAGUCAGUUUUUAUUCAAAGGCGGAGUAUUGGCGACGCUACUGUUUAUUACGGCCUGCAAAAGGCCGAUUAUAAAUAUCAAAUGAAAUCUUACCUUUCUUGGAAACUUCCCAGUUCUGAAGUUAACAUAAAAAUGACGAAAAGAAAAGAAAUUAUUAGCUUCUCAGUUUUGAAAUAACCGUCGCUCUCCCCCCUUUUUUUGAGGGUUUUAUGGAGAUUUUUGAUGUUUUGUUAUGUAAUUUUUGUGUGAGCACGCAGCUAUUUUUCCGUUUUUGUACCGUUUUUAAAUAAAAGUAAAUACUCUUUCCCUGUCACGAAGUUUUAAGGGUAAGAUGCCACACUCCAAACUCAGAUAUUUUCUUUGAGUAGCAGUGAUUCUUUCCCGACUUAUCUAAAAAGAUGGAAGGGCCUCUUUCUUAGGGUAAUGCUUUUUAUCGCUGACUAAAAACAGUGAAUCACUUUUCAGGCUCUACUUUGACUCGCUGACUGGCCAGUGUUUACUUACUUAUAGCAAACAAGCGAAGUUACUCUUUUUGCAGUUUCGACAGAUCGCUUUUGACUCUCCACUCCAGGUUAAGCGUAACCUGGAGGGAAAAAGGCGCAAUAAUAUUAUAUAAUUAUAUCAUUCAAUUUUAAAUUUAGGUCGUAAAAUAAAAACUUAAGGUCUGAAAAUAAACAACUGUUACCUUUAUGUCUGUCAACGUCGUUUUUAUAGAAGGUAAUGAGAAUCGACCGCGUUUAAUACGUUUCAAUAUUUUAUGCAUAAUUUUUAACGCGCAAGAUUAAUUUUUGUCUUUUAGAAACCCAAAAACACCUAAGAAAAGGUAAAGAAAAUCAGUUUUAAAGAAAAGAUUUCUCUACAAUUUCCUGACCUGAGCGGAAAGGGUCGUGUUAGUUGGCGGAAAACUAACCAUUCAAUUGUGGAGCUUCCUUCUGUAAUUUUGAAGUAUUAUGUUUAUUUCAUGUUAUGUUUUUGUACGUUUUGUUCGCAGUCGCUUAUGCACAAGUGACCGUAAAAAUAAAAGAGAUUUUGUAUAAGAAAUGAAACUACUGGGGUUUGAGGACGCUUGAUCAAGAUCAAUUUAAACUUUGUUGAGUAAAAUGAAUAGAGAAGACCUACCUUCGAUGUUUUAGCUAUGUGGUCCCUUGAGUUUUGAAGUGUUUUCCCUCGGAAAGAUACUCUUCAAUAAGAUGAACGGAUUCCGUUUGGUCGUGAGAAAAGGGCUUUUUUGUUUAAAAAAAAGGCUGUAUAACAAGACCGUUAAAUUGAGGCAAAAUGAAUGGUUCUAAUAGCGUAAAUGUCUUUUUUGAUUUCUUCUUUUCAGUAAACUUAACUUUACGACCUAAAAAGUUUUCAUUUGUGUGUGUGUGUUUUUUUUUCCUGCAGUGUCCUUGGUUAGUUCUCCUAAAAAAGUCAGGUGUUUCUUUUGGCACUGCUAAUAAAGCAAAGCAGUAACAUAAACUAGACAGAUUUUCUCUUUUUGGUUUAGUAAAGCAAUGCCCCCAAGAUGGUACAGAAGAAAUGUUAGUUUCCAGUUUGACGCUAAGGCUAUGACAUAAGCAAAAAUUGAUUUCGGUAUAUCCGUUUACAGUAAAGUUAAAAGACUGAGAGUUUAUAGCCUGUAAGCAAGCUCUUUGUUUAUACCGGCUUACACCUACGAUUUUAGAUGCGGUUUUUGUCAUAUCUUCAUUUUGUCAUAUCUUCAUAUCUUCUUAUCUUCAUUGUCAACUCGCGGCGUGCGAUUUUCCCCGCGAUACAUGUUGUCAGAGUUUCAAUAAACUCGGUACUAUGUUUAGUUCUCAAACUCACUAAUAAUUAAUCAAGAAAAUUCAAAAGAAAUUAAUGUUUAAUGACUGUUUGGAAAUCAGAUGAAAAACUGCUCAUUUUUUGCAUCCGUUAAAAUGGCCCCCUCUAAAAUCUUUUAUGUUUGUUUGGGUAACCAAGCAUUAUGGUAGUGUUUCAUCACCGGAUAAAACACCUUUGGAAAAUCUGGAAAAUUUGGAAAUCUGGCGAUGAAACACUGCAUCUCAUGCUUGAUAUAGUACAUCAAGCUUCGAAAAUAUUAAACACCUUUUUAACACUGCGGAAAAAAAUUGCCUUAAAUUCUCGGGCGAGCUGCUUUCAUCGUGUUCUCGAGAGCGAAAAACUUGCACCUAGAAUAUCGAAUUAGUAAAGCGAACUUUGUCGUCUCCCUUCACGCCCUCUUUCCCAUUAUAGAAAUUAACUUUUUCAGGGAAACCCAGCUUGCAUGGCACGCGAGGAAAUCUGAGAGGAAGGGAGAGGAAAAAGGACAGGGAAUUUUGCGCCUGUCAAGAAGGCUGGAGGAAAUCAUAGGAAAAAUUCAAGGAAGUCAGUCUGCCCUGCUUGAUCUGAAGUGCAAUUGCAUAAUGCAACUCGCAGCUCGAAAUAGUGGAAACCAUGACAUUUGAAGGCUUAUGUUAGCUUGUUUCUUUUGUGAUACUUUUAUCUUUUGCAGUUUCCCAUACAAACCAAGCUUCUUUUGCCCUCCAUGUUGACAACUGAUGAGGUUUGGUUAUUUACAUUUUUAUCUUUAUGUAUGUUGUUUAAUGUUUAGAACACCUAGCAGCCUGGCACUAGUACUCUUCUCAAUAAGAGAAAUAGUAUUGCAAGUGAUUUUACAUCUUUCGAUGAGGGAGAGACUUAAAAGGACAGGGUGUUAAGAUGUUCCAAAGGUUUCAACUCGGAUUUGAAAGCCAAAGUGAAUAUAGCUGGCGCAACUAACAACAGUCAUUAGCAGUGUUUUCUCGCGUUUUGUUUGUUCAUUAGUGUGUUGCUUGGCUUUGUGUCAGGGUGUUUUUCAUUUACACUUGGUCGUGGUCGUGUUGUGUUUGUGUCUUGGCUUGGUGUGGUAUAGUGUAGAGUAAUGUAGUGCAUAUCAGGACAUUACAUUUAUGUGUUGAAGUACGUGCUGAUAAUCAUUAUUUACUUUCUAGUCUGUCUUGUUUGUGUAGUGGGUGUUGUAUCAUGGGCUUUAGUGUGUUUAGUAUUGUUUGUUAGGUAGUAUAAAGUUAUACUAAACCAACCUCGUUCCCACAGCUUUUUCCGUAGCCUACAGGUAGCCGCAUUCGCCCCCCCUACCCCUCCCUUGACAAAGAAAACACGGAGAGGGGGAGGGUGUGGCCAACUUUUUCCUGAUUAUUUCUUUCAGGUUGAAUGGAUUAACUGGUAUCAUGGCUUAUGCGCUGAGAAAGUGGGUGCCGCCCUAAGAGAACAGGGCCGUACUAGCGCUCUCAACUGGCUGCUUAAGGAAACAGUUCCUAUUGGCUGACUGGGCUCCCUGUGUCUUCAACUCGUAGAUUAUCAGCAAUAAUAAUCAAUCAGAAGCUUUGUGCGCAUUUUUGUAAAAAGUGAAAGAAUCUAAAGGAAGGAUACAUUUCUUUUAAGAAGAAUCGGGCAACAAUUCAGCAGAAAAUAAAACUGCUGUAACCAGACAAACCACAUUAGAGAAUCAUCGCUCAAAAAUACAUUUCUUUUCAGAAGAAUCGGGACAACAAUUGAUCAGAAAAGAAAAUUGCUGUAACCAGCCAAACCACAUUAGAGAAUCAUCGCUCAUAGAAGCGCUUUCGAAGUUCAAGCAACCUGUUUGUUCUCGAGAAACGUUCGUUUUUUGUGCUGUAGAGACAAGAUGUGAUUCAUUAGUUUUUAUAAUUUUACAAUACGUAGAUUUUACUAUCAGUUAUAACUUUACUCUGGGUUACCUUCUACAGGUGAAGUUCUUUCUUUUCAUUAAACUAAAAUUCUUUCAACAA